GAACAGCUGGCUCGCCGUUUAUAGGGGCCGUCGGACAAUGAGAGCCAGGUUUUAAAGGGCCGUGGUCGGCACAUCGUUGCCUGCUUCUCGAGGCGUCCGCUCAAGCCGGCAGCAAUGGCGACGUUGGUGGAAGAGUUUGUGUCCCGGCAAAUGGAGUUGCUAAAGGAGGAAAGAGAGGCCGAAAUUUCGGAAGCAAGAGCAUGGCAAGAAGGAAUCUCCCUGAAAGAGCUGCAACGUAGAGGAGUUUGCUUACUGAAACUCGAACUACACUGUCAAAAAACUGGGCUAUAUGGCCAUCUGCUUGUAACUUUACAGUCUCAAAAACAUGGCUCAGACACAGAGCUACCUUCCAAUAGUUUUGGGCCUGGUGACAUAGUGGGACUUUAUGAAGCAGCUGGACAAAAUAAUCAGAUCUGCACAGGAAUUGUCACCCGAACGGCCUCCAAUUCAAUUACAAUCGCAGUUGAUGAGCCUCAGAGUAACCUUGUAAAUUUAGAUCAGGAGAAUUUGUACUGUCUGUUGAAACUUGCCAAUGAUGUUACAUACAAUAGACUCAAAAGGGCUUUAAAUACACUUAAUCACUAUGGGUCUGGUCCAGCAUCUGAUCUUAUUGAUGUGCUAUUUUGUUCUUCUGAACCUAGUGGUGCCAGUGAUACAAGGCUUUUGAAGUUCUACAAUGAAUCCCUGGAUGCCUCCCAGAAGGAAGCUGUUUGCUUUUCAUUGGCACAGAAGGAACUUGCUAUCAUCCAUGGACCACCUGGAACUGGCAAGACAACAACUGUGGUGGAGAUAAUACUCCAAGCUGUGGAGCAAGGCUUGAAAGUUCUCUGUUGUGCUCCCUCUAAUAUUGCAGUUGAUAACUUGGUGGAAAGGAUCUCUGUUCAUAAGGUGCGAAUCCUGCGUCUUGGUCGCCCAGCUCGUCUUCUAGAGUCCAUACAGCACCAUUCGCUGGAUGCUGUCCUAUUGCGUGGAGAUAAUGCCCAGAUUGUAGCAGACAUCCGGAAGGACAUUGAUCAAGCUUUUAUGAAAACCAGGAAGACCCAAGACAAAGGAGAGAGAAAACAUUUUUUAAAUGAAAUUAAGAUACUGAGAAAGGAACUGAAGGAACGAGAAGAAAUGGCUAUGUCUGAAACCUUGCAAAAAGCUCAUGUUAUUCUUGCAACGAACACAGGUGCUUCUUCUGAUGGUCCAUUGAAGCUUCUUCCUGAGAACCACUUUGAUCUUGUGGUGAUUGAUGAAUGUUCUCAAGCUCUUGAAGCAAGCUGUUGGAUCCCACUGCUGAAAGUUAGGAAGUGUAUCCUGGCUGGUGAUCACAAACAGCUGCCUCCCACAAUCAUCUCUCACAAGGCUGCCGCACAAGGCCUUUCUCUUAGCUUAAUGGAACGGCUGACUCAGAAAUACGGGGACCGUGUUGUGAAGAUGCUCACUGUGCAGUAUCGAAUGCACCAAGCCAUAAUGCAAUGGGCUUCCACUGAGAUGUACGAUGGUCGCCUCUCAGCUCACUGUUCUGUCGCACAACAUUUACUGAAAGACUUGCCAGGAGUGUCCCCCACAGAAGAGACCAGUAUCCCAUUGCUGCUUAUAGAUACGGCUGAUUGUGGCUUAUUUGAACUUGAAGUAGAAGAAGAACAGUCUAGAGGAAACCCAGGUGAGAUACAGCUUAGCGGUUUGCAUAUAGAUGCUUUGAUAGAAGCUGGUGUGAAAGCCAAAGAUAUAGCUGUCAUUGCUCCUUACAAUCUUCAGGUGGACAUGCUAAGAAAACAUCUGUGUCAUAAAUUUCCAGAGCUGGAGAUUAAAUCCGUGGAUGGCUUCCAAGGAAGAGAAAAGGAGGCAGUUGUCCUUUCUUUUGUAAGAUCCAAUAGAAAAGGUGAAGUGGGAUUCCUCGCUGAAGACAGGAGAAUAAAUGUUGCAAUUACUCGUGCCCGGCGUCAUGUGGCUGUAAUCUGUGACUCUCGCACUGUUAGCAACCACAGUUUUCUUAAACGGCUGGUAGAGUAUAUGAGCACCCACGGUGAAGUGCGCACAGCCUUUGAAUACCUGGAUGACAUUGUACCUGGAAACUACGCUUCCAAAAGUUCUAUGGGUCUCCGUGACCAGGAAAAAAGACUUAAAUGCAGCACUUCCCCAGUCCCAAAGGCUCUUGGAGAGAAAGCAAAAGGAAGACCUGUCCAAAAACCUAGAGAGAGGCUAACAGAACGUUCUUUGGAAAGCACGAGCAAAGUCACACCAUCAGAAACCAAAGAGAAUGAAAGCUCAUUUAAACAUAAAGCAAGAAUAUUGGAGUUUCUGGAUAGCGAGGAAGUCCAACUGGAUUUCCCUUCGUCUUUAAAUGCUCACGAUAGAAUGCUUAUUCAUCAGUUGGCUGAAGAAUACGGGCUGCAGCACAUGAGCACAGGAGAAGGCAGCACACGAUACAUAAGCAUUUGUAAGAAAGAUCCUCCUACAGAAUUCUCUGUAGGAGAUACUCUGGUUUGUCAGCAUGAAUUAAUUCAGAGCUGUCCAAAAGAAAUUGAUGCAGGCAAUGAGGAAAGGGAAAGCGGUGCUGGCCCAGGGGCCACAGAUCUGAAAACGUUGCAUGUGGAACGGAUGCAAAGGAGGAGAGCCAAGAAAGAAGAGAGAGUGAAACAAAACCGAGAAUCGAAUGUAAAUCUUCAGGAAAUAAUUGGGAAGAAAGAAAAAAAUGGAGGAAAAACAUCUAGUAAACCCCAAAAGGAAAUUGCAGCCGAGGAAGAUUUUGAUGCUAUGAUCUCUGCAGCAAUUAAAGCUGACAACACAUGUGGUUUCUCCAAAUGCAAAGCCAGCGUAACAACUCUGGGACAACUCUGCCAGCAUUGCAACAGACGUUACUGUCUCAGCCAUCAUAUCCCAGAGGUUCACGGAUGUGGGGAGAAAGCCAAAGCAAAUGCCCGGCAGAGAAUCAGCAAGGAAGGGAUCCUCUAUCCUGGGAGUGGGAUGAAGGACAAGUCCUUGGAUCCCACCAAGAGGGCUCACCUCCAGAGAUGCUUGGACCAGAAACUCAACGAACUGUCCAACCAGCGAAAGAGUAGAAGGAAAGAUCGGGAGAAAUAAGAGGAUUUGUCGCUUUGGAAAGGAAUUAAACCUAACAAGCUGUCCUUUAAAGCUUGUUCAAAUUUGCAGGGAAAAAAGCUAAUAAAAAUUUCGAACAUUUGGGCUCAUUUUUUUCUUUAUAACCAGAACAUGCCUUUGAAUAGUUCUCAGAGGUCAUAGUACUGCUUAAAGUUUCACCCUGAAAACCGUACCUGCAGAUUUUGUAAAAGCUGUACCUUAUGCUAUAAAAUAUGUUUCUACCUCUCACAUCAACGUUAUAAAACCCUGUUGAUUAGGGGAGAAAAGCAGUCUGCUUUGGCUUUCAAUAAUUACUUUUGCUGGCAGCGUUUUAAAAUAUACAGUGAACAGUUAAAUAGAUAGCUACACAAUGAAGAGGGAUGUUUGUUUAAGAGCAUGAGUCAAUGAUUGAAAGUAACAUAGGUAUGCAAUGUGUUUAUGAAAGUGACAGGAAGGUAAAGGAUGUGGUAGACCUGGAUGAAGGUGACCUGAUUGUGGAGUAGAGGUCAUGAAUAUAUCUGAGAAAAUGAAGAUGUAGAUUUAAUUAUGAAAACUAAUAUAUGAGUUGGCAUGAUCUAGAAUAUUGGUGUAUAUGCAAGAGAAAUUAAUAGUUUGAUCAUAAUUUCUUGAUAUGCUCCAUCAAUGCUUAUAUUGGAAGAGCCAAGGAUGAACCUGGGGGAAAACUGUGCGUGGCCCGAAUCCAUCUGAGAAAGUGCAGAAAAAAUUAGCCUGCUAGUCGAUGGGAAUGGAUGGGAAAAAGAGGAAAGACUGCAAUAAAAGUUAAAUGGGCUACUUGGAGACCCAACAAUGAAUGGGAACUGUUCAGUGACCAUUUACUUAGAGGAACUUGUGCUUUAAGUAGUAUGUAUUUUAAUGUGUAUUUUUCUGUAGACAUCAAAAAACAGUCCUUUUGGAUGAUGGUUUUGAUUAUUUAGGAUCAAAGAUUGUGAAGCAUACAAAGAUAAUAGAAGCUUCUGACUACGAGAGAGACUAUAAUAAUGUCACAAGUGGUUCUUGGAGGUAAAGGAAAAUCCAGUUGGAGAAAAGGAAAAUAAAUGAGUGGAAGCAGAAUGAGUAAGGGAAAAGUACAAAUCCUGAAUGAAGAAUCAUUUGUACAUUAAUUACUCUCUCCAGAGAAUUAAUAAAAAGUAGACAUAAGCAAGGGGAUAUGGACAUUGUUUGGAAAAGAAUAACCAGUAUAGAGUUAUAAAUGCUAUAGAAAUAUAUGCAGUUACACUAAUGAGUAUUAAAAAGAAUGUUUGAAUGAUAGUGAAUGGGGUGAACAAAAAAUUGCAUAUAAGAGCAUGAUUGCUGCAAAAAUUCAGAUGAACAAAGUAUAUCUUAUGAUGUGUAUAGACUGAAGAAUGUAAUACCAAAGAAUAUGAAACAAAAAGAUGAAUUGAGGUAGAGGGAUUUUCACUGAAGUAAAACAUUGUUUUAGAAGUAGGUGAAAAACACUAAAGAAGCAGCAUCCAGCAGUGAAUGAAUUAACCAAUAGAAGAGAAUAUAUGUAGCUGCAGGUUGAACUGUGGAGUCCUUGGUGCAUUCCAAGGUUAGUUGUUUUCUUGCAGACAUUUUAGUUAUCAAACUGAAUGAAUUAAAAGUGAAAGUGAGGAACUGAAUUGGAAUAAACCUAAAGUGAGGAAAUAUUGAAGUAGGGUUAUGGAGAUUGUGUGUGUGUGCGUGCACGUGCGUGUGUAUGAAUGGAAUUAAAAUGAAUGUUAGUGGGAAAGGAAGGGAAAAAGAGAAAUGGGCUAUAAAUGCAGGUGGAAUUACUGGAGAGUUUAAAAUAUGGAUGUAGUUUUAUUAUGGAGUGUCUGUGACUUCUUUAAUAUGAUUCUCUGAAAAGAAUGGGACAAAAGUUUUAGUUUGUAAAGUGUAAAGUGUCAGUAAAAAGUAUUUGGCAGAUUAUUGACUGAAAAUGUACUGAGGUGAUGAUGAGCAAAAUUAGAGAAGAGUCAUGCAGUUUUAUGCCAUUGAGGUUUAGACCAGAUAUUUGCUCCUCAGCAAUUAACUGAUAAAUGUAUGAAUGUGAGGUAGAAAGUUUAUUAAAUAUUAGUUGAUUUAGAGAAACCAUAUGAUGAUGUGAAUAAGCUUGAAUUAUGAAGUGUUUUGUAUAAAAUUACGAAGUUGGUUACUGAAUGCCAUAAAAGCAGUGUAUAAUGAAACUGAAAUACAUGUGGAAAUAAAUGGUUCAAUACUGAGCAAGGGAGUAAGACAAGGAUUGUGAUGUCCACUGUUUAUUUAAUGUAUUUAUGGAUACAUGUAUAAGGAAGACCUGUGAUACUAUUAGAGGCAUAUUACUGGGGAAUUUAAAUGUGCAUAUAUAUUUUUUUGCCAAAGGCUAAGAACUAGAAUGAUGUAGGGUUAAUAUCGGAUAUAUGAUGCAGGAAGAAGUAUGAAAAUCAAUGUAAUGAAGAAUACAGUAGUAUUCAUUUUUAAAAAGGUAUGAACAAUUGCAAGUUAAGUAUAAAUGAUAAAAAUCCAGAUGAAUGGAUUUGUAUGCCCUCAUAAUUUUCUACAGAUAGAAAAAUGGCUGCAGAAAUGUUAAGAUGAGCAAAUGUUAAUAGGAGAGAAGUGUUGGGAGGAAUGAAUGUUUUUGAAAGAAAUAAAAAUGGCUGUGACUAA